GCGAGCCCAGCGCCAACCCGCGAGCGACCGAAUCCCGGCGUGCAGCCCGGAUCGCCGCCCGCCAUGGCCCGCGCUGCCCGGCUCCUCGCCGCGCUGGCCGCGCUCCUGGCCGCCGCCGCCACAGGCGGAGAUGCCCGGCCCAGCAAAAUCGCCGUGGUGGGGGCCGGGAUCGGGGGCUCUGCCGUGGCCCAUUUCCUCCAGCAGCACUUCGGCCCCCGGGUGCAGAUCGACGUGUUCGAGAAGGGGACCGUGGGCGGCCGCCUGGCCACCAUCUCAGUCAACAAGCAGCACUACGAGAGCGGGGCCGCCUCCUUCCACUCCCUGAGCCUGCACAUGCAGGACUUCGUCAAGCAGCUGGGGCUGAGGCACCGGCGAGAGGUGGUGGGCAGGAGCGCCAUCUUCAGCGGGGAGCACUUCGUGCUGGAAGAGACGGACUGGUACCUGCUGAACCUCUUCCGCCUCUGGUGGCACUACGGCAUCAGCUUCCUGAGGCUGCAGAUGUGGGUGGAGGAGGUCAUGGAGAAGUUCAUGAGGAUCUAUAAGUACCAGGCCCAUGGUUACGCCUUCUCAGGCGUGGAGGAGCUGCUCUACUCGCUGGGCGAGUCUGCCUUCGUCAACAUGACCCAGCGCUCCGUGGCCGAGUCCCUGCUCCAAGUGGGCGUCACUCAGCGCUUCAUCGACGACGUCGUCUCUGCAGUCCUGCGGGCCAGCUACGGCCAGUCCGCGGCGAUGCCCGCCUUUGCCGGAGCCAUGUCGCUCGCUGGGGCCCAGGGCAGCCUGUGGUCUGUGGAGGGAGGCAACAAGCUGGUUUGUUCCGGUCUGCUGAAGCUCACCAAGGCCAAUGUGAUCCAUGCCACAGUGACCACUGUGACCCUGCAACAGACAGAAGGGAAGCCCUUGUACUAUGUAGAGUAUGAGAACGAGGUGGGCAAUGGCUCUGACUUCUACGACAUAGUGGUCAUCGCCACCCCCCUGCACCUGGACAACAGCAGCAGCACCAUCAGCUUCGAAGGCUUCGACCCGCCCAUUGAUGCCGUCCAGGGCCCUUUCCAGCCCACCGUCGUCUCCUUGGUCCAUGGCUACCUCAACUCUUCCUACUUUGGUUUCCCCGACCCUAAGCUUUUCCCCUUUGCCAGCAUCCUCACCACGGAUUUCCCCAACUUCUUCUGUGCCCUGGACAACAUCUGUCCCGUCAACAUCUCGGCCAACUUCCGGCGGAAGCAGCCUCAGGAGGCAGCCGUUUGGCGAGUGCAGUCCCCCAAACCCCUCCUCCGGUCCCAGCUGAAGACCCUCUUCCGCUCCUAUUACUCGGUGCAGACGGCCGAAUGGCAGGCCCACCCCCUGUACGGCUCCCACAGCGGCCUCCCACGCUUCGCCCUCCACGACCAGCUCUUCCACCUCAAUGCCCUGGAGUGGGCGGCCAGCUCCGUGGAGGUGAUGGCCGUGGCUGCCAAGAACGUGGCCCUGCUGGCCUACAACCGCUGGUACCAGGACCUAGACAAGAUUGACCAGAAGGAUCUGAUGCACAAGGUGAAGACUGAGCUGUGAGGGCUCUGGGGAGAUCCCGGAAGGUCCAUCCCCGCCGACGAUAGAUCACCCCCGCUAGCGGCCACGGUCGGGCAGGCUGCGCUCCCCCGCCAGGCCUCGCUCCGGCCCCUCGUGUGUCAAGCUGCUUCUCCUUCCGGCGUGGGUCCAGGUGGCCCGCUCUCUGCCUCUCUAUCUUAAGGACUCUCACAGUGUUUGCUUCUUUUUAAGGGGGAGAAUGAGAGAAGGGAAGGAAAUUCCAGCCCGUGUAUUCAUUUUAUUUAUUUUUUUUAAGAAGAAAUAAAAAUGCACCCUCUCCAGCUGCUUCUGAUUGGGUUUUCUAACUAGAAUACGGGGAUCAUUGGGAGGAAAUACGGGGAAAGAACUAUGAACCAGAUUUCUUUAUUGUUUUUCAUUGCCUACUCCCAAAAUGUGUGUGAGGCAAUACCUACAAUGAAAUACAGGUACCAGACGGUUACAAAUAAAGUAGAAGGGAAGAUGAGAAAACAUCAGACAUGAUCAAAGCUUCCUCUGUACUGUGCGCUUGCUAGAUGUGAGGUGCUUAGCUGACAACUUACUAGACACCAGCCAAGCCUCUCAACAACACUGCAUGUCGGGAGACAUGACUGGUAGGACCUAAGGAAGAGAUGGUGACCUCAGUGGAGCUGUUGGGAUAGCUCUGAGCUUCCUGACAUCCAGUGGGAAAAGGGAAAUAUACCAGGCCAUAGGAAGAGAAAAGCUUUUCCUCGGCACCUGGAAGAGUUGGCCAUUGUGUCCAUUAUGCAAGGGUCGAAGAGUGAUAGAGUGGACCUUUCUUGCAAGAAUACCGGUUCCUAGGUGGUGGAGGCUGGUCCAAAAAUAUCCUUCAAGUAGAUGGAGGCCCAAAUUGGCUUUGAAGUUGUUUUUGCUGUGCUGAGGUGAUGGUUGUGUCAGUGAAGAAGACGGUGCCUUUAAAGUGCACGUAGCACGUACCUAUCGGUUAUUAUAGGAAUUAUGAAGCUGGCGCAUCGGUAAGAAUGUUCUACCUCUGGUUGAAGUAGUAGGAAACCAAUCUUAAAGUGGCUUCGGCAAUAAAAAGAGGUUUUAUUGGUUAUGAGAGUCCAGACACAGGGCACAGGGCAGGCACCAGCUCUGUGCUGUGCCAGCGCCGUUUUUUCUCUCCUGGUCCAGGAUGGCUGCCAAGAGCGCCCAGGGGCAGCGCUGAGUGUUCACAGUCGGCUCUGAGCCAGCUGGGCAGUGGGCCCCUGCUGAAGCAAUUCUCUGUGACCGAGCAAAUGCCGCGUGCUAAUUGGUUUAAGACUCAGCUGCUGGACCAGUAAUAGGGACACAGGGGAUGAGACGAAGCUAAUUGGCUUAGAAGAGUCAGGUCCCUCCCCUGGAGCAGCCUUAUCCAGACUACAAGUUAGGAGAAGCGGAAAGGGGGUUGGCACUCUGUCAACCACGUGCAGGGUGGGGCUGUGCCCUCCCCCUCUUCUCAGGGCCAGUGGAAUCAAUAUGUAAUGACAUCCUUUCAUGGUCUGUGUUUGGAAUGAAGAUGCCACGGGCUGUCCUAUUGUAACUGAUGAUCAUUGGUAUCCGACCAAGGCCAGUUUCAACCUUGUCCCUGGUAACCAUCCCUCCCUUGCAUCCCUAAGGAGGUACGCACAGAAGAGGCAAACGAGGACAAUUACAUCUGAUCCCCAGUCCUCAGCUGGGACUUUGGCUGGUUCUUCAGAAACUUCCUUUAUCUGGGUAGACAGGCCUGAACAGCUCAGAACCAAAGCAGGCCAAAGUGCCCAUGCUGACAGCUGGCCUGCUUCCCCGAGUCCAAACCUGAGACCUGGAUCUCACCACCUCUCUGCCUGCAAGGAAAAGCCAGAGAUUCCUGAAUAUAGGAGACGGGAUCAUAAGUUCCAGCAGGAAGCCUUGGCCCCAGGGCCCACCCCAGCCUUCUCAGACCAGGACAGAAGCCCCCAAGGGCCCACAGCCCUCUGGGAGAAGAGAGAGCAUUUGCAGAGACAGCCCUAUAAUUUGCCAAACAGAGCAGGAAGGAGGCCACACUCAUACUCAGUGGUCCUGGGGCAGUGUGGUGGACAUUUAAAACUCUUUGCAGGGUCUCCAUCCCUACAGCAGGUGACCUAAGCAAAACUUGAACACUUGGGGGUAUGGGAGGUGGUGGAGGAUAGAGCUGGGGGUGGCUAAAGAAUGGGAGGGGCGAGAGGAAUGCCUUGCUCCCGACGCACCAUUUUUUUUUUUUUUAACGUUUAUUUAUUUUUGA